AUGGUCUGCACCAUCGUGCAAACCAGUUCUCAAAGAUUUUUUGACAACAUAACCAACCUAAAUCAUGGGAAUUGGAACCUCCUGAAGCAAUGCUACGAAUUAGGAGGCUAUCCCAAGACAAUCCAAGUUGCAAUUAAGACAGACGAUAUCGAUCUUUUUCAAGAACUUUCAAAUUCGGCCAAUUUCUCCAUCGAUCAGCAUAUUCGUCCAUCAGUCUUUGAACCAUGCAAUUUUGUACAGAGCGAGCCGUCAUUAAUUCAAUACGCCGCGUUUUACGGGUCAUUAAGAAUUUUCAAAUUCUUGUUACUGAAUGGAGCAGAUCUCAACCAAGAGGAUGCAAACGGUACAAACUUGGCCCAGUUCGUCGUUGCAGGCGGAAACAUUGAAAUGGUCAGAAUCUGUCAACAAAGAAAAUGCGAUUUCAACGGUUGCCUCCAAGUAGCAACAAGAUUCUUCAGGUUCGAUAUAUUUGAUUGGCUACACUUCGCUUAUAUCAGCGAUCUUAACGAUAUCCCCCCCAAAUACGGAAAUGUCUUCCACGAAAGCGCCGCUUCUAACAACAUCAGACAGAUCAUGUACUGUAUAGAGAAUUCCCUUGAUUUCAACAGCUGCGCUUCAGACAAAUCCACUCCUUUGCACUUCGCCGUUAAGAAUCGCGCGAUUGAUUCCAUCAGAUUACUUAUUUCCAUUCCUUCCCUCGAUGUCAACGCGAAGGAUUCUACAGGAAACACUUCAUUGCACACAGCAGCGUUGUUUGAAGAUUCAACAAUUGUUUCUGAGUUGUUGGAAUGCCAGAGAAUAGAUAUAAACGCAGUUAACAGAUGGGGAAUGACUCCUAUACACAUUGCAGCACAAGAUGGAAAUACUGCAACUGUUUCAGCACUCAUCAAACGCCCUGAAAUCGAUAUCAACUGCAAGGAUGAGAACUUCAUGACUCCUUUGCAUUAUGCAGCACAAGAAGGAGAAUUUGAAACUGUCAGAAUUCUUUUGUCUGUGAAAGAUAUUGAUAUCAACUGCGAAGAUAACCAGGGAUUGGUUCCUUUCUCUUAUGCAGAGGCAUCAGGAAUGGAAGCUACUGCUCAGUUGAUUCAGGAUUGGAUCAAUACUUAA